AUGAAGAAGCGACGCGUAACCAGCCCAGCUGGAGAUAGCUAUCGAGAUGGAUGUGAGCUGGGAACCCGUUUGGGCUUCCGCAUUGCGCACCGCAGAGGAGCACGCGCCGCUCUCAGAGAUUGGCCCCUGCUGGCGCUAAUUGCCGGACUCGGAAUGAUCGGCUCUUGUGACGCCGUCGGCUAUUCCUUUACGCGCUUCGAGGGUCCGGUGGUGGGGCCGGAGCAUCUGGUCACCGUCCACGACGGACGAACCGUGGACUAUGUGGCGCGGCCCGAGUAUAGCUUCGCCUAUGGCGUUGAGGAUGGCAAGACGCGCGUGCUGCACAACCGCAAGGAGACGCGCAACGGGGACGAGGUGCGCGGCGUCUACAGCGUAGUCGAUCCGGAUGGCACCUUGCGUGUGGUUAAGUACACGGCCGACGAUGCCAAUGGAUUCCAGGCGGAGGUCAUCACCGAUGGCGUGAAGAUACUGCACGGUCAUGGCACCGGGGGAGAUGCCGCCGGCGGAGCGGUGGAUAACCAGGUGAGACAUGACAGCUCCGAGGGCGAAGAAGAGGAGGAAGAACCAGCGGCAGCAGCUCCACACCAGGGAAAUGGUCAGUACAAGGUACACGAAGACUAUGACGAGGGUGGUGGUCAGGCAGAAAAGGACGAGGGUGGGGAGGAAGAGGAGGAGGGUGGCGAUGACCAUCAGGAGUAUGAGGGCAGUAGUGAAGAGGGCUACGUGGAGGCUGAUGCCCACAGUCAGCAGGAGGAGUCCAGCGAUGAAGAUUACUAG